CAUCUCACACCUACCUCUACAUACCUCUAUAAAGACCCUCUCAGCUUCGGCAACACCAACCACCCACCAUGCGCUUUGCUCUUGCUGUCGCCCUCACUGCCACCCCUCUGGUCCUCGCCAGCAGUUCCGGCGGCUCUGUUAAGCAGCGUUCGGAAGCCGCCGCUGCAGCCUGGACCUGCACUCCGCCUUACAACUACUGUGGAUGGUACCUGAUCGCCCAAGAUCCCGCUGGCUGGGGCGGCGUACUUGACCCCAAUGCCUUGUACCAGUGCGUGAGCGGUGGAGUCAACGUUCUCAGCACCUGCGCCAACGGUUGUGAAGGCCCAACGGCCCAUUGCAAGUAGUAGCGCUUGCCCGAGUAGUAUAAACUCCGGAGCAUGGAACUGAGGUCGAGUUCCAGCAUCUGAUCGAGACUGCCGCACACACGGACCAUAUCCCCCACAUUCAUUUCAGAAGCCAUUUCCCGGGAAACACGAACACACCCUCAUUUGAUUUUUGAGUUAUCUUGGUUUAGCUGCUUUUCGUCGUCUGGGUUCAAAUAGUGGAAGAUAGUGUACCCAGAUGCAAAUAUAACGCCAUUCUUUCA